CGCGCUCCCACCCGCUCUCUGGGCUCAGCGCCUCCGCUGCAUUAGGCCAGCGCCAGCUCCGGGCCAUCCGUGGCCGACCAAGGUCACUGGGGGGAGAUGGGAGGGCUGCUGCUUUCUCCCCCUCUGCCUUCUCUCCCUCUUCCAGCCUCCCUCUCCCGUCUUCCUGCCCUUGUCUUCUACCUUUCCACAUCGGCUCUCACAAUCCCCCCUCCUCCAUCUCUUUCCCCCAUCUCUCCUCUUCCCCGAUCUCUGAGUCUCUCCCCGUCUCCCUACGCCCUCUCUCCACCCCAGCUUUGUUUUCAUAGCCAUUGCCUUUGGCUCCCACACCCCCUCCAAAGCAGGAGCCUUCUCAAAGGGAAGGGGUAGGGCUUCUCAGUGCAGCCUCUGUGGGCCUCCCACCCUGGGGACAGCAGUCGAGGAGUGGAAACAAACAGCCACUCGUUUGGGUAGGGACAACUUUGAGAGGUAGCAUGGUAGCAUGGGGUGAAUGGACCCCCAAUGACUUGGCCAGGAAUGACUAGGCUCCCCGCGGAGCAGAGGAGUGACCCCAGCUCUCUCUUUUCCUUCCCAGCCAUUGCCCUCCCUGUGAACAGCCCGAUGAAUAAAGGGGACACUGAGGUAAGAUGGGGUGCUGAGGAUGCCCUGGGAUGGGAGGUGAGAGGCCCCAGUGGAUUCCUAGUGAGGCUGGCACAAAGCCAGGAGCCAACACUGCGGCUGCUGAGCCUGGGGACAGCUUGCAAAAGAAGAUAUCAAAGAUUGCUAAAUUUCCCUGCUAUCCUGCUGUGAGGACUUCCCCAGCUUCCUCUGAGCUGAGUGUGUGGCCCAAUGAGGUUUGUGUCUUACCUGUGGGCUAAAGUGCUAGGUCCACUGUGUUCAAAAGAGGAAUUCACUAGGCCCACCAUGGGGCUGGUGGGGGCGGCUUCUCUGUCAUGUGGUGUCCACAGACCUGUGAGAAAUGCCUUCAAGUGCCUCACCCUGGCCUCCCUCUUUGCUGUUGUCUUGCCCUCAAGGCUCUGCUGCUAGCAACAGCUUCCCAUUCCACAGGCGCUCAAGCUUCAGCUGCCCCAAAGGGCCACAGUGAAAACAUUCUUGAUAAUGGCUCCUGCACCCUGGGGUCCCAGACAGUUAGACUGAUGGUGGGGGUAACUAGGCAAGGGCCUUCUGAGACACUAGCAGGGGGUUCUCUGGCCAGCAAUAUACUUGGAGUUCACUCUUGUCUGACCUGGGACUCUUUUCCAUUCUCUGGUGCUCACAGACACCACUUGAGGCUCAGAGAAAUUUCCAUUCCCUGCCCUUCUGGGAGCUGUUUGCCUCCAUUUCAUAGAGACCACGGUUAAAACCCAAAGUAUCAAAGAGAUUCCAACUUCAGUGUGCUUAUUCAUAUCUUCUACUUUUCUAGUUGCAGACAGACCUCAAUUUAAACCUCUACCAUUAAUUCUAGCUGUGCAGCCUUGGAAAAAUUCCUUAACUUCUCAGAGCUUCCACUUUUUCCAGUUGUAAUAACAUUUCCCUUGAGGAGAGUUGUGAGGAGUAGGAAUUGAAGUGCCCAGCACGCAGUAGGUCCUCAGUAAGUGGGCACUGUUAUUUCUGGGCAUUUCCUUCUUGAUCUCUCUGUCCAUCCAUCCCUCUCUCCCGGAAGCUGCCGUCAUGAACCGUUGGUUAUCUGAUGUUCCCAGUGCAGGGUCUGGGGCUGCAGGAAGAUACAUGGUACAGGCUGCAGGACUCUGCUUGCCAGCUUCCUUCAGGGAGACCCCGUGGUCACUGCGUACAUCCAGCAGUCUGGGGUCAGGGGUACAGAGCCGCUGGUUAAGACCCGAAUGUCCCAUCUGAGGAUGUGACUGCACACAUCAUAGAGCCCGUUUGCCAGUUUGCCAUCCUGAAUCCCGGGACUGGUUGCCUUGGCACCCUGUAGACAUGGGCUGCCACCCCCUCACUCCCCACUAGCGCUGCCUGAUGCAUGUCUGACUCCUUCUGCUCCUCCUCUGGCUCUAGGAGGCUGCUGAAAUGGAUCAGGAGUUGUGACUCCCUCCCCGAGUGUGUGCAACACCUCAGAGUGCUGACCCGUCUGUGCCUCAUCACCUGGGAGGGCAGAUGGGUGGGGAGCCUCAUUCCCAUUUUACAGAUGAGGAAACUGAGGCUCAGACAGCUUAAGUCAUUUGCCCAAGAUCAUACAGCUAGGAUAGCACACUAUAGCUGGUACCAUCAUUGAAGACCACCCAUUUACUAAAUGCCUAAUUUCCCACAGCCCCUUGCUAGGCCUCACAAGAUUUUCAGAGAUAUAACUGCUGUUGACCUGGGGCAGGCACCCAGAUGUAGGUGAUGUGUGCCCCACAUCCAGCCAGGGUACUCACUGCACAGGUGAAUACGGAGCCAGACUGAGGCUGUCACUCGCUGCAUGUGACAGCACCAUGGGUGUUAGGAGCCAGGGACCUAAGUCCUUUUCCCAGACAGAGCAGAGCCAGAGAAGAUCUUUGUUCUCAUCUGGGCAGUCCAGGAGGGCUUCCUGGAGGAGCUGGUGUUUGAGCAUCUGCAAGAUUAAAACAGUUUUGCAAGACCUUCCUCUAAUACCUAAGGGCAGCUUCCCCAUCUUUAGGCAAACAUUACUUGGGGAUGAGAAGAUACCAGGUCCCCACCCUCCAUCCCACCUCCACCAUGAUCAGCCUUAAAAGCCACCUGCUGCCGCUGCUAUUGGAGUGCCCAGCACAUGGUAUGCACCAUCUAGGGGGUUGCUGUUAUCAUUGCUAUUAUGGUCCGACUAAGGAGGCAGAGCUGUGCCCCUGAUCCAGGCAUCCAUGGACUCCUGAAGAUAAGAGCCAACGUCUUGUUCUUAUAAAUCUGGCCCAGGGCCUUUGGAGGCUGAGCCCAAUGCCCAAACCAGUCCCAACUCACCAUCUAUUCUCUUCCCAGGUGAUGAAGUGCAUCGUCGAGGUCAUCUCUGACACAGUCUCCAAGCCCAGCCCCAUGCCUGUCAGUCAGGAGUGUUUUGAGACCCUCCGAGGAGAUGAGCGGAUCCUCUCUAUCCUGCGACACCAGAAUUUACUGAAGGAGCUCCAAGACCUCGCUCUCCAAGGUGCCAAGGAGAGGGCACAUCAGCAGACGAAGCACAGCAAUUUUGAGGAUGAACUCUCAGAGGUUCUUGAGAACCAGAGUGACAAGGUCGAACUGAAGGAGGAGACGGGAGAGGCGUCCUCCAAGGAUGCUGUGGAGAAAAGAGGAGAUUCUAAAGAGGCAGAGGAUCGUGGUGCAGCCGCAGGGGAAGCCAGACUCCAGGCAUCCCUGGCACCUGGGCAGGGGUCCGAGAUGGAGAUCCACCAGGCCCCUGGGGAGGAGGAGGCCACAAACACCCUCCCCCCAGCCAGCCUCCCUGACCAGAAGCACCUUGACCCACAGGCUGUGGCGGACACUGAGAGUCCCCCACAGGGUCUGGUGGACAGAGAGAAGGGCCUGGGUGCAGGGCAAGGGCAGCAGGCAAAGAGAGAGGAGGAGGAGGAAGAGGAGGUGGAAGAGGAGGUAGAGGCUGGAGAGAAGGCUGUCUCCGAGGAAGAAGGCCCCACUUCGGCACUGAACCCCCACCCAAACCUCAGCUACAAGGAGACCCGGAGGGGUGACGGUCGGUCUGAGGCCCUGGCUGUGGAGGGAGCCGGGAAGACCAGGGCUGAGGAGGCUCAGCCACCUGAGGGGAAGGAGGAGCAGGAGUCCUCUGAGGAGGAGGAGAUGGCGGGGCCCCCCGAAGGCCUUUUCCGGGGCGGGAAGAGCAGGGGGCUGGAGCAGGAGGAGGAGAGCCUCUCCAAGGAGUGGGAGGACGCCAAGCGAUGGAGCAAGAUGGACCAGCUGGCCAAGGAGCUGACGGCCGAGAAGCGGCUGGUCGGGGAUGACGCGCAGGACGACGACCCCGACCGCUCCAUGAAGCUCUCCUUCCGGGCCCGGUCCUAUGGCUUCGGGGGCCCUGGGCCGCAGCUUCGACGAGGCUGGCGGCCGACCUCCCGGGAGGACAGCAUCGAGGCAGGCCUGCCCCUCCCAGGCCGUGGCUACCCGGAGGAGAAGAAGGAGGAGGAAGGCAGUGCCAACCGCAGAGCAGAGGACCAGGAGCUGGAGAGCCUGUCGGCCAUCGAGGCGGAGCUGGAGAAAGUGGCCCACCAGCUGCAGGCGCUGCGGCGGGGCUGAGGCGCCGGCUGGCAGAGCUGGCCAGGGCCUUGAGGCACUCCGUGGUCCUGGCUUUGCUGUCCCCUCUGCAGGUCUUGGCCAGACAGCCCGGGCGCUGCUUCCACUAGGGAGGCCAAGCCUGGGCCACCCUGUUGCCCCACUCUGCUCUCCCUCCCGCUCUCGGCCCCUGCUCCUCGGCAGGGCGGCCCUCCCACAACUUUAAACACUGAUGAUUCUCUCUGGACACAGGCAGCUUUCUACAAGUUUCCCUUCCCCACCAUCAGAUCCACUGAAUACAACUGCAAUAACGCUGACCUUUUGAUGAAAGCUGAGAAACUCCUGACUGUAAUACGUUCUGUGCAAAAUUUAUCUAAGAAAAAUAAAUCUGCUCUGGGCUGUUUCUGGUUUCUUUGAGCUUUUCCUGUUCAAACGUAGCAACAAUUUUGAGGACGGUGCAGGACCAGGCAGUGUUUUGUUCUGUUGUACAUGCGGUUGCUGUGAGUUGGAAGU